CUCUAUUCAACCACCAUAUUAUAACUCGUUCUUGGACAACUCAGGGGUUUUCAGGAAUCUGAGGCUCGCAAUAUUAGGGUCUAUAUACAGUCUCUUGGCUUGGCUACCGGAUUUGUUGUUGGAAUCCAUAAAAAACAGUCUCGAAUCACAAUGGCUCCUCCUUCAGAAGACACAUUGACAAAGGUUUCUACGGAUGCGGCAACCGACUUUGUCCAGUCCUUCUACCCUGCCCUCGAGAACAACCGUUCCACGAUAGCCUCGUUCUAUAGCCAGCCUACGGCCAUGAUCCUUUUCAACGGAAACGCUGUCGCAGAUGGAGCCGCUGUCCAAGAGAUUUUCGUCAACCAAAUGUCCCCGACGCAUUAUGAGGUGCAGUCUGUCGAUUGCCAGAUCAUCAACAAGGCGUAUCCGACACCUACAACCACUGGAGUGAAGCUCCCCACUGAAACGACUGUCAAGGACAUGUCUAUCUUGGUGGUAGUUAGCGGCUAUGUGCGCUUUGGGGAGUCCAGAGAUCUGCCGCAACGAGGCUUCAGCGAGACCUUUGUGCUGGUGCCGAAUCCAUCCGCCGACGGGCCCAAGGGAAAGCGCAAGCGAGAAUGGCUUAUCCAAACCCAGAACUUCCGACUCGUCGUAUGAAGGAUCAAUACCGAAGUUUAUUUAAUGGAAGAGGACGCCUUCUACUAUGCCUUUGACGAAAAUUACUAGAAUUGCUAUUGCGGUGUGAUGACAUGAUAAACACAUGCGCUAUGAUCCAACCACGCGAUUACACAUUUUGAGACGCAUAAGGAAAACGGAAAGAAAUCCAAGGAAAUACCCCACGACACGCCAAGCGAAGACUCCCGAAACAAAGCGACUGCUAUCUCAUCACUGGGCCGCAGAUCUUCGCGGUACACGCAUAUUUGCUUUGAUGCGCUCGAGUAACUCGUCACGCGAUGCGCUUUCGCUGGGCAAAAGGCCCCUCUUGGAGUGACAGUUAGAAAACAUUGCUCUUUUUGGCGACAUUGACCGUUUUUACGAUGG